CGGAGGAGGGAGGAAGUGACAUGGGGAGGGGAGACCGGGGGGAUGAAAGGCGUGAGAGGAUCUCCUCGCAAGAGGGGGACAGGAGGGAGCGAAGCAGCGGAGGAGACACUCAGAAUGCAAACCUUCCUCGCGGUCUAGAAGAUGCCCUGCGACGAGAUACAGGUCGCGGGCCAUACAAGAGGAUGCAUGAGGCGCUCACGAAGAUGGCAACGGCGACCCCGGGCAAGAGCAAGCCUCCUCCUCUCCCUCACUUCACUCCCAGCAGGGACUGGAACCAUUUCUGGCAUCGAGGUUGAGGACGUCACAAAAUCUUAGCAAUACUGUACUGACAGUGAACUCGACUUACACGAU